AUGAUCCCGUUGGAGAUUCGACGCAUGAUCUAUUCCUACGUGCUGGGUGGCCAAGUGGUGCAUUUCUGGACGUGGAACGGAGCUCCGCAGGCGAGAAUUUGCUGGGAUAAAGACGGGUGCAAUAGUGAUUAUAUCGACUGGGAAUAUCAACGCAAAGGUUUGCGUUUCGAUCUUGCCCUGCUUCGAACAUGUCGAUCGAUAUAUACAGAAGCAGUCGAUUAUUUGUACUUCGCAAACACUUUCUCCAUAUGGAACGUCGACUACGUCAGUCCAACCAUCAAGCUUCUCUCAUAUUACUUUCUUCCGCAGCGCCUCCAGCUAGUCCGCGACUUGCGCAUUCAUUGGUCGUUCUGUCCAGAUUCCGAAUCUUGGUUGGAGGAUUGGAAAGCUAUUAGUAAGAUGAAGGGCCUACAGCGGUUACAUGUCACCGUUACGAAUCCGUGGCUAGGAAGACCGGGCCACUCCACUGAUGACACAUGGCGAGACAAAUUGACGGAAAUUAUGGCGGCGGUCAGGAAUAUCACAGCUCCGGGCGACUUUGUUCUUUACGUGCCGGACAUCAAGUGGUUGGAAUGGUCAGCGGACGUGGAUCUUGGAGAUUCUAAAUGCGUAUUCAGAAUGGCGGAGGAACCGACCGGGGUUAGCUGUAUUAGCUGA